GGUAGGGGUAUUGGGGGAGGCCAGUUAUGGGAGGUUACCAGGAAAAGCACAGUAAACAAGGGUGAUUUUUUUUUUGCAUUUUUUUAAUGUUUAUUUUUUAGACAGAGAGAGAGAGGCAGAGAGAGAGGGAGACACAGAAUCCGAAGCAGUCCCUAGGCUCUGAGCUGUCAGCACAGCGCCUGAUGCAGGGCUCAAACUCAAGGACCCGAGCCACCCAGGUCCUCCUUAAAUGUUUAUUUUUGAGAGAGGGAACGGCACAGAGAAAGGAAGACAGAGCAUCCCUUUUAAGGGCUUUGCGUUGACAGUAGUGAGUCUGAUGUGGGGCUCAAACUCAAGAACCAUGAGAUCAUAACCUGAGCUAAAGUUGGAUGCUCAGCCGACUGAGCCACCCAGGCGCCCCUUAUUGAGCCACUCUCUUAACCCUGAGAAUAAGUCAGUUAAGUUAAAGAGUUGUGCCUCAUUUCAUGAAGUGGUGUUGCAGGUGAGAUCCCAAAGUUAGGCCAUAUGGAACAAGCAAUCAGGAUUUAAUAAGAGGCAUUUAUUAAAUUUUUUUUUUUAAUUUUUAAAAAAUAUUUAUUUUUGAGAGAGAGAGAGAGACAGAGAAACAGCACAUGAUCGGGGGAGAGGGAGACAGGCUCCAGGCUCUGAGCUGUCAGCACAGAUCUCGACGUGGGGCUCUAACUCAUGAACCGUGGGAUCAUGACCUGAGCGGAAGUCAGAGUGCUUAACUGACUGAGCCACCCAGGUCCCCCAGUAAAAGAAAAACAGAAGUUAUGGGAUAGACUACAAAGUGAGUUUUUGGGUGCAAAGGGGCAGUUAAUUGAGAAGAUUUCUAGAUGCUGGGCUUGAAGCAUCUUCAGUCAGACUGAGGAGAGGCAGUGGUGACCAUAGAUAUUCCUGGGAUGCAGUGUGAAUGUCUCUGGUGAUGUCACCAAGUGUUCUAGUGAACUUUCUGGUUUGGCCCAUAUAACAAGGCACAAAGGUUGUCCAUACAUGAAGUGUUGUGGUGACUUCCAAGGAAUUCAUAUCAAAUUAACCAGCUUUGGCUUUCAGGGCUUUUGGAAAAGGACACUUUGUGUUAUUACUGAUUCCAAGUCAGAAGGAUGGGAGAAAACUGAUAAUGUUAGAGAUAUUGGAUAUUGGAGCAAACUAGAAAAAUUCAAGAUCCAGUCAUUUGCAGGUAGAUAACAAAAUCUCAAAGACAAUGAACAGGACUAAAAUCUGAUAUCCAUUAAAGUGUGCUACUGAAAAUUAUUUUUCCUUGUUCCCUUGCCCCCUUCCAGUAUUUGUCCUUUUGUGACUGGCUUAUUUCACUUAGCAUAAUGUCUUAAAAGUUCAACCAUAUUGUAGUAAGUUAGAAUUUCCUUCCUUUUAAGGGCUGAACAACAUCUCAUUCCAUAUAUAUGCGACUUUUGUUUAUUGAUGGGCAUUAGGGUUGUUUCUACCUUUUGCUACUCUAAAUACUGCUGUGAAUAUUGGUGUACAAAUACCUGUUCAAGUCUCUGUUUUCAAUUCUUUUGCAUAUACACUGUUAAUAGGUAAACUGAAGCAUAUUGACAUUUUUAGGAAUUUGAAAAGAUUAAUUCAGAUCAGGUAGGUCAUAACCACCGUCAGGAACUAGAGGAAAGACCUGUAUAAGGAAGAUGCCAAAGCAAAGCAGGGAAAUUAUUUGACUGGUUACAGCUUAACCAAUUACCUUAUUUGGGAAAGCCUAGAUAGAGAUCUGUUUGCUCUUGGACAUUCUUAGGUUUCCAUGUUUUAACCUUGAGACACUUAGAGGUUUAGGUUUGCUUAUGUAGGGCUGCCAAGGCACUAGAGUCAUCUCAGUCUAACGGCCUCCUUGUUUAAUUAAUUUAAAAAUACCCAGAAGUGGAAUUCACUCAUUAACUUGUAAGGUUCUGUUUAAAAAAAAUUUUUUUUUAAUGUUUAUUUAUUUUUGAGACAGAGACAGAGACAGAGUGUGAACAGGGGAGGGGCAGAGACAGAAGGAGGCACAGAAUCGAAGCAGACUCCAGGCUCCAAGCCAUCGGCACAGAGCCCUGCGGCCGGGGUGGGGUGGUGGGGGGUGGGGGGUGGUUGCGGCAGGCAGGCUCGAACUCAUGAGCUAUGAGAUCAUGACCUGUGCAGGAGUCAGCCGCCCAACCGACUGAGCCACCAGGAGCCCCUGUACGGUUCUGUUUAAAUUAUACAUUCUGUAAUAAGGAAUAUGCUCCUCUAAUGAAGACAGUCUGUUCACAUUGCAGUUUUAACCCCAGGACAAUAGGAACAUCUCAAACAGUGAAGCUUGAGUUAUAUGCUUUUUACUAUGAGACUAGACCCCUCAAAACACCAAAAACAAAGAUUGUGUAAUCUAACCUUGUGAUAUUCCAAAACCGUUAGCACCGUCCUUUGCAUAUUGUAGGUGUUGUUUGAAAGUACAGUUCUAAUAUAUAAUUUAUGAUAUAUCAGGGGAUUAUUAAUUCAUUGGUAAACACCAGCUUUUGAGUCUUUUAAAAUGGAGAAAAAAAUUUUUUUCCCAAAGGCGGCGGCUUCGCAUCUCUCCCCUCCACCUCCUUAAACCCUUCCAUCACAUACAAUAAAGAAAUAACCGAUUAUAAAGUGUCAGGUUAAAUGUCUGGCAGGAGAAGGACAGGAUACAGUAACUUUUCUAGGAGAUCAUACAGUUGCAUCCCCAGCAUGCGUAAAUUACCAGUUGGAGGUUUGGGGGCUGAAAGAACGUUCUUCUGGGCUUAGAUGUUAUUGGACCAACUUUACUCAGCCCAGAGUCCUCUCCAGGCCCCUGGGGAUUGUUGUGAGGAUCGGAGAGGCGGCUGAAUCGGACACAAGCCGCUGGCCGGCUCGCGCUCCGCCUGGCCGCUCACCUUGCUGCCUUCCGCUGCCGCGGACCGUUUUCUGUUCUUUGCUGCGAACGGGGAGAGCCAGGAACCCAACAGCCGCCGGAGCCCGCCGCCCCGCUCGCGGCCCGCAGACGCGCCUGGGGCGCUGCCGCCUCGACUCAACAGUCUCGGCUCCUGGAGGGCCGGGGCUGGUAUAGGUCGCGCGCCAGAGCGGGGCGUGGCGGUAACAGUGGUCUCUACAGAGGUUCCGAGGGAAGGCUAGAAAAUGGCCACGGGACAUGCGCUACAGCGGCCGUUUAGAGACGCAAAACCAACGCUUUGGAACCUGGAGCCCGGAGAGGAACUGGGCAGGGCGCGGGGCCCGCGAGCGCCACCUACCUUGAAGAUUAGGGAGUACCGCGGAAGAGCCGGCGGCACAGGUGUGGGCGGUGCAGGUGUGGCCCCGGCGGGCAACGCCCCGCGGCGAGGCGGUGCUAGCGGAGGCUCGGGGGCGGGGCCCGAAGUUAAAUAAAUACAGUGGCGGCGCGGCGGACCCACUCAGUGUUUUCUGCGCUUUGCUUUGCUGCGGUCGAACUCCUUACGCGGAGAAGAGUCAUUGCUGAUUCAUAGAACUUGAAGGAGAAAUCUGCUUUUUGUCUCAACGAAGCUUCAAACUUGGAAACAAAAUGGAAAAAAACAGCAUGGAAGAGUUUCAGCGCAGCACUGUUCCACGCAAGAACGCGAUCGAGUUCAGACCUCCAUUAUACAAACAAAGAUACUUCUUUGUUAAAGAUAUAGUCAAUCAAUAUAAACCAAAGAAGGUUGCAGACUUGGGGUGUGGUAACGCCACACUCUUAUGCAUGCUGAAAUUCCAUAGUUGUGUUCAAGAACUUGUUGGAGUAGAUCUCCUCAUGGAUCGUCUAUUAGAUUGGAACAGUGAUAAGUUGUCUCCAUCAAUAGGGGAUCAUUUAGGUCCUAGGGACCUAGAUUUGAGUAUUGUCUUGUAUCGUGGCUCUGCUGUAGAGAAAGACUCCCGCUUGCUUGGAUUUGACUUGAUAACAUGUAUUGAAUUAAUAGAACAUUUGGAUUCAGAAGAUCUGGCCAAGUUUCCUGAAGUCGUAUUUGGGUACUUUUCUCCAGGCAUGGUUGUCAUCAGCACACCAAACUCAGAUUUCAAUCCCCUGUUUCCAGCAUCGACCUUUAGAAAUUCAGAUCACAAGUUUGAGUGGAACCAAACGCAGUUUCAACACUGGGCUUCAAAUGUGGCAAAACUCUAUAGUUACACUGUAGAGUUUACUGGUGUGGGUGCUCCACCACCAUGGGCUAAGCAUGUUGGAUACUGUACCCAGAUAGGGAUCUUCAAGAAAAAGCAACCGGAUCCUGGCAGCUGGAUCCUGGCAAAACCAACUGGAUCCCGCGUUUCAGAGCCAGAGGAACAUGCUUAUCAAGUUGUUUUUACAGCCUCAUUCCCGAGUUUACAGCAAAAACACUUCCUCCUGUUUGUAUUGUGUACGGAGGUGUUAAAAGAGGUCGAAGCCAUAAGACAGAAGUAUGUCUGGAUUAUGAAGAGAAAGGAAUCCAGUGAACCCGAGUCAGAAGAAGACACUGACAGUGGCUUGGUCAGACGGCCCGGAUUAUUCCUCACCGAUGCCCAAGUAGCCCAAAUAGAGAAGUCCCCCAAACCCUACUCUGUGGGAAAGAGGUUUUAUGUACCCCUGAAAAGACUUAUUGGUUAUCCGAAGGUGAACCGCUUGGUUGCUGAUGUGUCCACGCUGAGAACACUCCUUGCUGAAGGAAUUCCAAUGCGACUGAACAGAGCUCAUACUUCAGUGCAGAUCGACUUGGACCCUUACGAUUACCCUCACGAUUACCGUUAGUGAGCGGGAGCUAUCUUUAUGUCCUAAAAUUCAUGAUUUUAAGGAUAGUUAGGCUCAUUUAGAAAAUUAUAGUCAUAACAUAGGUAGCUUAGUUUUGAUAUUAACCUCGUUACGUGUUUUUUUAAAUGCUUUUUUUGGUGGAUGGUGUAAGUUCACAGUGUGCGUGUUCAGGUUUUUUUGUUAGACGCAUGUUGAUGUGACAUUAAAAUUUUUAAAAA